AUGGCUAAGAUCACAACGUUGCUGUCUGCCGUUUUCCUGGCUAUUGGAGGCUUCCUCUUCGGCUAUGAUAGUGGUAUUAUCACCUCCACCAUCGGCCAGACCGGGUUCAUCGAGUACUUCUCCAACCCCAAUGACAAUGUCACUGGUGGCAUCGUUUCCGCAUUCCAGGGUGGGGCAAUUCUGGGCACGAUCAUCAACAUGUUCACAGGCGAUUGGCUGGGCCGUAAGAAGUCUGUGUUUGCUGGCGCUUGCAUCUCAUGCUUCGGGUGCGCUCUGCAGGCCGGAUCCGUCAACAUGACUAUGCUCAUCAUUGGUCGUUUCAUUGCCGGUGCGGCCGUUGGUAUGCUCACGUCAGUCGUACCAAUGUAUGCUGGUGAGAUGGCCGAGGCUGCCAAUCGCGGUAUGAUGUCUGGUCUGUUGCAAUGGAUGUUGAGCUGGGGGUACCUGAUCGCUCAGUGGCUUGGAUAUGGAUGUUCAUUCGUUGAUACAGCUUUUCAGUGGCGUUUUCCCCUGGCUUUCCAGUGCAUUCCUGGUCUUACCCUUGCCUGUGGUGUCUGGUUCCUGAACGAGUCUCCCCGCUGGCUUAUGGAGAAGGAUCGACACGAUGAGGCUCUUGCCACACUCCAGCGCCUCCACGGAGACGGAACACCGGAGAAGGAACAGUACAUUGAGCUUGAGUUCCAAGAAAUUCGCGAGGCUAUCAACGCCGAGCGUGCAUCGACCAAGAUCACCUGGACCUCGAUUCUCACUAAGGCCUCUUGGCGCCGUCGUCUCAUCUUGGGAUGCGCUGUCCAAGCGUUUGGUCCUCUCUCUGGUAUCAAUGUUAUCAACUACUACGGAACCCGUAUCUACGCUUCUCUGGGAUUUGAUACUCAAACUUCUCUCAUGAUCAUCGGAAUCUCCGGAGCUCUGUCAAUUGUAUACUGCACCGGUGGGCUCUGGGCUCUGGAACGAGUGGGUCGCAUCAAGCCUCUCAUUAUUGGAUCUGCGGGAAUGGGCCUCGCCCUGGUCUGCAAUGCUGCCAUGUCACAGCACUAUGAUGAUAGCAACACCAAUCAGCUCCGUGCCAUGGUAGCCAUGAACUUUGUCUUCAGCUUCUUCUAUACCUUUAUUGGAAUUAUCUCAUGGGUCUAUCCCGCUGAGAUCUUUCCUGUGGACAUUCGCAAUCAGGGCAACUCGGUCACUACCUUUACGAACUGGACCAUCAAUCUAGUUUUUGCUCAAUUUUCGCCAACUGCCUUGUCUAACAUCGGUUUCCGUUACUUUUACGUUUUCUUCGUAUUCAACUUGAUCGCCAUGGUUUGCUAUAUGCUCUUCUUCCCGGAGACUAAAGGGAAAACCUUGGAGCAGAUGGAUAUCUUGUUUGGUGACAGUAACGUCCCACUUUCUGCCGAUGAGAAGAUCGCGGAGGUGGAGCAUGCGGAGUAA